UGCAGAAGAUGGCGUCCGCAAAGCCUGUGGACCGCUGUGGUUUCUUACUACCCGUUUAAUUUCUGAGCCGAGUGGGGGAUCUCCUCGUCUGGCAGAUGGAGGAUAACAUGGCAGUGAACCGCUGCCAACCGCUCUCCUGAACCUGGAAUUGAACCCUCAACUUCAUGUCCGACGGAGCCGGAGCUGCCUGGUCGAAGAGGGGCUGUGGGGAUUCGCACCGCCGAGAACCAGGGAAACAUAAACACAGGAAAUGCGAGCGACCCCUUAACGCUCAGCCCACAAAGCCUGUGAUUGUUCCCCUGGGCUCCAAAAGGUGUGUUAUGUCAGGGGCAGAUGUGGAGGUGUACCUGUCCCAGGUGCAUGAUGGGAGUGUGUCGUCGGGCUUCAGGGCGCUGUACGAGGAGCGCCUGCUGCUGGACGUCACACUGCUGAUAGAGGAGCACCACUUCCAGGCCCACAAGGCGCUUCUGGCCACGCAGAGCGACUAUUUCCGGGUCAUGUUCACGGCGGACAUGAGGGAGAGGGACCAGGACAAGAUCCACAUGAAGGGGCUGACGGCCGCUGGCUUCGGACACAUUCUCCGCUUCAUGUACUAUGGCUCUCUGGAGCUCAGCAUGCCCACUGUGCAAGAGAUCCUGCAGGCGGCCAUGUACGUGCAGCUCACGGAGGCGGUGGAGUUCUGCUGCUCCUUCCUGCUGGCUAAGAUCUGUCUGGAAAACUGUGCCGAGGUCAUGCGCCUCCUGGAGGACUUCAGCGUGGGUGUGGAGGGUGUCCAGGAGCAGCUUGAUAACUUCCUGCUUGAAAACUUUGUACCCCUCAUGAGCCGACCAGACUUCCUGUCCUACCUCAGCCUCGAGAGACUGCAGUCUUACUUGAACAGCGACGCCCUAAGUCGCUUCCCGGAGAUCGAGUUGUAUGAAGCCGUGCAGUCGUGGCUGCGGCAUGACCGGCGGCGCUGGAGACACACAGACACCAUCGUGCAGUCCAUCCGCUUCUGCCUCAUGACGCCAGCAAACAUUUUCGAGAAGGUAAAGACGUCAGAGUUUUACCGUUACUCCCGGCAGCUGCGGCAGGAAGUGGACCUGGCGCUCAGCUACUUCCACGAUGUCAACCAGCAGCCUUUGGUGGAGACUCGCUCCAACCGCAUCCGCUCGGUGCGGCCGCAGACCGCCGUGUUCAGAGGGAUGAUCGGACACAGCAUGGUCAACAGCAAGAUCCUGCUGCUGCAGAGACCAAAGGUGUGGUGGGAGCUGGAGGGCCCUCAGGUGCCGCUGCGACCCGACUGCCUGGCCAUCGUAAACAACUUUGCCUUCCUGCUGGGCGGGGAGGAGCUGGGGCCCGACGGAGAGUUCCAUGCCUCCUCCAAAGUCUACCGCUAUGACCCCCGACAGAACUCCUGGCUGCGCAUGGCCGACAUGUCCGUGCCCAGGUCGGAGUUUGCCGUGGGCGUCAUCGGUAAGUUCAUUUACGCAGUAGCGGGCCGCACGCGAGACGAGACGUUUUACUCCACCGAGCGCUACGACAUCACAGAGGACCGCUGGGAGUUCGUGGACCCGUACCCCGUCAACAAGUACGGCCACGAGGGGACGGUGCUCAGCGGGAAACUCUACAUCACCGGCGGCAUCACAUCCUCCUCCACCUCCAAACAAGUGUGUGUGUUCGACCCAGGCUCGGGGGGAUCGGAUGCUCACAGGACACGCACCAGCCGCGGCCCAGCGCUGCCCGGCACCCAUGCCAGCUGCUGGGAGAACAAAUCCAAAAUGAACUACGCCCGCUGCUUCCACAAGAUGAUCUCCCACAACGGGAAGCUGUACGUGUUCGGAGGCGUGUGCGUGAUCCUGCGCGCAUCCUUCGAGUCUCAGGGCUGCCCGUCCACCGAGGUGUACGACCCCGACACCGACGAGUGGACCAUCCUCGGCUCCAUGCCCAUCGGGCGCAGUGGGCACGGGGUGGCGGUGCUGGACCGGCAGAUCAUGGUGCUCGGAGGCCUCUGUUACAACGGCCACUACAGUGACUCCAUCCUCACAUUCGACCCCGACGAGAACAAGUGGAAGGAGGACGAGUAUCCCAGGAUGCCUUGCAAACUGGACGGUCUGCAGGUGUGCAGCCUGCACUUCCCAGAGUACGUGUUGGAGCACGUGAGACGCUGCAGCUGAGGUCUGCUCCAACACGCCUCCUUUUUAUAGAAACGGGAAUGAAGACUGAGGUCAAGUAUGGGCUUUUAAACUUUCCUUAAGGUGAGGAAAAGAUACAUCUGCUGUUCUUCUUCAUGAAGCCAAUGGAAGCGUGGCGUGGUGAGACGCCACUUGGACAUUUUCAUGUUUCGCUUUCUCAGAAAAUGUAAGGAAAAUAAUGUGUGGGGAGUGAAAAAAAAGUUUUAAUUCUGCUGGUUUAUGUUUCAGACUGUGGUCAGUUUCCUAUUCUACUACUCACAUACUGUAUUUAGGCUGUGCAGUCAGGUUUAAUGCAGAAACGCACUGGAAGCGUCACAUUCAUGCUUUUACAAAGGGACAUUGUAUUUAUUUAUUUCCUCCUCGAAUCCAGUUUGAGUAGGUUUAUUAUCCUGCACCUGUUGACAUAUUUAAAUGAAUGAAGUUGCUCGUAUUAAAGGUCCCCUAUUAUGCUCUUUCUCAUCAACAUAUUAUA